CCACAGUAUUCUAUCUACCACUGAGAUUUUCUACACUUUCUCGAGAAAAAACAAACAAUCCUUCAAAACUCUUUUACCAUUUCCAAAUGGCUCGUACCAAGCAGACGGCUCGCAAGUCUACUGGAGGGAAGGCUCCGAGGAAGCAGCUGGCGACCAAGGCUGCUCGGAAGUCGGCUCCGGCUACCGGAGGAGUGAAAAAGCCACACAGGUUCAGGCCCGGGACGGUGGCACUGAGGGAGAUCAGGAAGUACCAGAAGAGCACGGAGCUUCUUAUCCGGAAACUUCCGUUCCAGAGGCUGGUGAGAGAGAUUGCCCAGGACUUCAAGACCGAUCUCCGCUUCCAGAGCAGUGCCGUUUCGGCUCUACAGGAAGCGGCCGAGGCUUACUUAGUUGGGCUAUUCGAGGACACCAACCUGUGCGCUAUUCAUGCCAAGAGGGUCACAAUCAUGCCCAAGGAUAUUCAGCUUGCUCGUAGGAUUAGGGGCGAGAGGGCGUAGAGAAAUUACUUGCAUUUUAAGAUUUUUAAAUCUGGUUAUCUGUUUCUCUUAUCUAGAUCUGUAAAUCUGCGGAUUUCUAAUGGCUAAUUAGAAAUCUUUUCGCCUUUUGAUGAAUUUCGUUGGGUUUGUUUAGCUCUCUACGUGUUGCAUUAAUCAAUCUAGUGCUAAUUCAAGUAAUUUGUAUUUCUGAUCAAA